AAUCAGUACUUCGUUUCGGUCUUUUAGAUUAUUUACGGCAUUUACAUGUGUUUAUAUUGAAGUUCUGAUAAGUAAAUGUAUCAUCUUUGAUGGUAUUAUGAUUACUCAGAUGAAAGCAUGGUGCUACAUAUUCUCUUUGACCUCAUAUUUGUAGUUUAAUGUAGAUUUAACGUUAAUUGUCUUGAGAUCUGUAAACCCUUCAGUAUUUGUACAUUGUACUAAUUGCAUCAAAUUACUAAGUAAAAUAUCUUUAACUAUGUGCAGUCACGUGACUGUGCGCACGAGCGCCACCCAUUCACACUGAUUCAAAAAAUUUUAACUAAUGACCAACCAGCUACCAUGCCCAUCUCGACAUACAAUAACCAACAUUCAAUAAUAUGGCCCAUAGAUUAUUGGUGAAUGUGAUAUUCACGGGUGCGUCUGUGUUUGGACGUGCGUUUACAGAAGCAUAUAAACAAGCCGCCAAAGCAUCAGCAGCAGGAGGAGCAGCUGCCGGACCAGCCAAGACUACAUCAGCCGGAGGGAUUUCAGUUGAUGAAUCACUCAAGAUAUUAGGUAUUGAUAGAAAGGAUUUAAAUUUGGCCAAAUUAGAGGAUAAGUAUAAGUACUUAUUUGAAGUGAAUCUGAAAGAGAAGGGGAAUUCAUUCUAUUUACAGAGUAAGAUAUACUAUGCCAUGGAUAAUCUAAAGAAGGAGUUGGAGUAUCUAGAGAAGGUUAAGCUGGAGAAAGAAAAUGUAUGAUCAUAUAGGAGUAAAUAGUCAGUCAUUGUAAAUAGCAUAAUUAUAAGGUCAUGUGUCAUAAUAGCAGAAGAGAAGUAGAGUGUAGAGACUAUAGUAUAGUAUAGUAAUAUACCAUUAUACUACUAUACGAAAUACUAUAUCGUAUUAUACUAUAAACAUUAUCAUAACCUCUGUAUAACACCAUUCUAUACGAUUAUAUACUGUUAUUUAUACUAUUUAUACAAAUAUACUAUUUAUUACUAGACAG